UCUUCGGAAACACCGGGAAGUGCGAGGGAAGUCCGCCAUAGAACAGUAUUGUUUGUUGCAUUGCUUCUCGGUAAGAUGCCACGGAGGUGUGCGGCGAUGUUUUGUUCUCACUCAAACGAAAAGUAUUAUGAGUGGCCAAAGGAUAGCAGGGCACGUAAAUGGACAUCGUUCGUUCGCUCGCACGAAGCGAAUGAAUUUCACGCCAUCAUUGAGUAGUGUUUUCUGCUGCAAACACUUCGAAGAUGCCUGCUUCCUUAACCGGUCUGCUUAUGAUCAAUGAUUUGCCAAAAAGAGGUAUAAGCGUCCAUUCUGGAACAGUCGGCAUUGGAGCGACACCCAACAAACCUCACGUACGCUACAGAGGACGAACACUGGUGCAGCCAGGAGGGAAACUGGCUUAAAAGACCAGACGACAGAAUGGACGGAGCAACGUGGGAUGAUGCUGACCCACAGUAUUCACAGCUUCAUUACAUUCAAAGUAAGGAGAACAGAGAUGUCCUUCAGCCACUGGCAAGGGAAAAAGAGGUUCCUCGUGAGCAGCUGAAGUGUCUCUCAAGAGUAAAGCAGGAAGAUCCUAAACCCCAGCACAUCAAAGAAGAGUCUGACCUUUUUCAAAAUAAAGAGCAUACAAAGUGCUCAUUAACUGGACAUCAGAAAUCACAACUUAAUUGCAGUGAAAGAGAAAUGAAACACAUGGCAGAGCAUUUAACCAGCAGCUCGACAACAGAAGCUGGUGAAAACGACAGGAGUGGAUUAGAAUUAGACACUGAGUUGGGUACACCUUCUCGUGAUGAGAUUGUGAUUUCAGACCCUUCUGUGUGUGUUAAAGCUGAAGAACCUGUGAAGAGUGAAAGAGACAGUAAAUAUGACACUUCCAAUGCACAGUACAAAAUUUUCUGUCCUAUAUGCUGUCAAAAAUUCAUACUAAGGAGUUUUUUAACAAAACACGUCAAGUUGACACAUGUGACAACGCACAAAACAGCAACUGGGGGGGAAACAUUUUCUUGCUCUGUGUGUGGUAAACAUUUAUCAAAAAUGCGAGAAGUCACACAGCAUAUAAAAAUACAUGCGCCGGAAAAAGUAUACUGUUGUUCAGAAUGUGGUAAAAGGUUCGGUUUGAAGCAUAAUUAUUUCACACACAUGAAACUGCACGCUGGCGAAUUUCCUUUUCCCUGCUCAGUUUGCGGGAAAAGAUUUUCAAAUAAGAGCAACCUCUGCAUCCACAUGAGAAAACACACUGGAGAAAAACCUUUUUCAUGUUCAGUUUGCAGUAAAAGCUUUUCCUCUCAGCCUGCUGCACAGGUACAUUUGCGGACACACACUGGAGAAAAACCUUAUUCUUGCUCAGUUUGUAUGGUAGGUUUCACAUGCAUGGCUCAUUUACAGAGACAUAUGAGAACACACACUGGAGAAAGACCUUUUGCUUGCUCAAUAUGCGGGGCAAUGUUUGUUCAAAAGGUACAUUUGGUGGUACACCAGAGAACACACGCUGAAAAAAAAUUGAGCUGUGGUUUGUGUUAUAAAAAAUUCACUUGUCAGCAAGAAGCUGACAACCACAAAUGUACUGGUGAGAACAGUAGCAGAACAUAAGGCUUUCAAUUAAGCAACUAACUUUGAUUACUCUGUAUAACAGUAUUGAAUUAUUAAGCAAUGUAUGUAUUUCUUAACGAUUAAAUAUGCAGAUUAAUCAAUGUGUCACUGAUUGUGUAAUGGCACAUUGGCCGGUGCAGGGGGCAGGUUCUCAAUUUCUACUCGAUGACGGCGUGAAUGGUUUCCUUUAUCUGUUUUACAACUGUGGUAUACUGUUAUGUGUGUGUGGGGGGUUGUCUUUGUCAUGUACUCUAUAUAAAAUUAUAAACUUUGCUAUCCGAUGUUAUGCUUUUGAUGUUUUUAUACUGUUUCUUUUUUGUCCCAGUUUUUUUCCAGGUGAUACCUUCUUUUGUCUUGACACUGAAAAAAAAUAUUUUUAACCUCUAAAGCUCAACUAUAUGGGUGUUGUUUGGAUAGAUUUUUU